GGGGGCGAGCGCUGCUGCAGCAGCUACCAACGGAUCUGAGGUCAACUUGAGAAUUAACGGCUCCAGUGUGCAAUGGGCCAUGUAUGCUAGCUGGAGACGAAAAUGAAACCCAGUCGCAACCUCCUCCUGGGCCUGUGUUCCAUGCUGGCUCUAGGAUUCCUCUACUACUCAUCAGGGAGGAUCAGCUUACAAGGCUGGGGCCACAAAUCGUUGUAUGACAAGCAAGGGUUCCUCGUCAAGCUGGAUGGUAGUCUGCCUUUGGAGCUGAUCUAUAAGUACAGCAAUCUCAGUGAGGGAGCCUGUAAGCCUGGAUUUGCAGCUGCAAAGAUGACUGCCAUUUAUCCAAGAUUCACCAAACUGGCGCCCAUGUUUCUUGAUCCAAAUUACAAACGAUUUUCCAAGAUUGGUGAUUACUCUCCUCCAUUUGGGGUAAAAUCACAAGAGAAGAUCAUAGAUAUUCUCCUUUCAGCUACUAAGAGCUAUGGCCUUGGAGAAGAACUUGACAGCAAUAGCUGUAAGACAUGUGUCAUUGUAGGAAACGGAGGAAUCCUAACCAAUAAGUCGCUGGGGAAGAGGAUUGAUCAGUUUGAUGUGGUGGUCAGGUUAAAUGAGGCCCCAGUUAAAGGCUUUGAAAAAGACAUCGGCUCCAAGACCACGAUGAGGAUCACCUAUCCAGAGGGGGCCAUCCAGAAGACAGAGCGCUACGAGGCUCAGUCUCUGUUCGUCCUCUCAGCCUUUAAAGCUCUGGACCUCAAGUGGCUUCGACACAUGGUCUUUAACCAGAGGCUGCGCAGCACUGAUGGCUUCUGGAAGUCGGUGGCCAGACACGUGCCAAGGGAGCCCAGCGACAUGCGCAUCCUGAACCCCUACUUCAUCCAGGAGGCCUCCUUCAAGCUUAUUGGCUUACCUUAUAACAAUGGACAGAUGGGUAGAGGGAAUAUUCCAACCCUGGGGUCAGUUGCCAUAACAAUGGCCCUUCAUAACUGCGAUGAAGUAGCCGUUGCUGGAUUUGGCUACAACAUGAAGACUCCCCAUGCCCCUUUGCACUACUAUGAGAAGAUUAGGAUGUCAGCCAUCAAAGAGUCCUGGACUCACAACAUAUCUAAAGAGAAGGAGUUCCUGGUGAAGCUGGUGAAGGCUGGGGUCAUCCAGGACUGGACCAGUGGAAUCUGUGGUACAGGAUGCUGAUAGUCUGCAUUCCCACACCAAAAUGUGCUCCAAUACCUGAAGAGGGAAGUCAAGGCUCCUUUGGCCACAUUCACAUAAAAGUGGAUUCAGUGUCCUGGCUUAAGUGUUAGUCAUGAAUGCUAGGGAUUGAACCAGCACCUGCACCAGGCUGCCCUGGUGUUGUGUUUAAACACAGAGUCUGUGCCAAGAUAAUAAUAAUAUUUCCCUCAGCAGCAGCAUGGAUAUAUAUUUAAACUCACUGUAGCAGAAGAGACAAAUUUACUCUGUUCUUUUGAGAUCCCCCACCCUUCACGUUCACUGUAUGCAACUGCAGCCAGUCAUAUCUUGUUUUUACUUACAAACAACAACACUUUUUUGUUGUUCCUUGUCUAUAUUAGCAGAAGACUGAAUUCCUUCUGCUAAUAUUCACUAUUUAGAAAUAAGCUACAAAACCAGUUUUCACACACAGGAAUAUUGAAAUGUGAUGGAAAAACCUAUUAUAUGAAGUGCAACCAGAAUGAGAUGCAGAUACAUCCAGUAGACGCAAGGGGUCACCCUACGGAGUAUAUAUAUAUAUAGUCUCUUUGUCUUGUCACUUGUCAUCUGUCUCUCACUCACUCCGUUUUGCGAGGAAGGGACAAACAGGGUCCCGGUCUGACUUGUAUUUUCUGAACCAUUUGCUACUUAAAAUGUACCUGAGGUGCACUGACUGACUGAGUUUGUUUUUUCUGAUGCUAAAUGCUCUGCUAAACCCUGAUAUUUCUCUUCUCUACUCAACCUUCCCCUCAGACACCAAACUCGGCCCAGCCACAGGCUGCGAUCUCAGGUCCCCUCACCUCAGCCACCAGUCCUGAUCAGUGUUACUCUCAGACAAGUGACUUGAGCUUUAACAAUCCAUCUCACUUUAAUUACCUAGAGCAACUGUGCUGAAAAGUGUGUCUCUGUGUGUUGCUUUACACACUCUGGUCUGUGCAGUCUUUCCUCCCCUCAUUGUAGGUGUUCAUAGACUGGAUGCAGUCAGAUGCUCAAGCCAAAGUAUUCAUAUAAUUUAUUGUAGCCUGUGCACAAGAACACAUUAAA